AUGAAAUUUUCACCUUCGUCAUUAGGUCAAUGGAUUAUAAUUACGCCAAACCCAGUAAAAUCUUUUGAAAAAAAAAAUCUGCACUUUGAGAUUGACCAGUGGAUGCAUGUAGGGGAUGAUGUCUACACCGACAUCAUGGGUGCAAAGAAUAAAAAUAUUAACUGUGCUUGGAUUACUAUGUUUAGGGAUGGUAGUGAGGUUGCCCCUAAUGAGUGGUAUCCCUACUUGAAGUUGAAGCUGGAAAAAAAUUGCGACACACAACUAUCUCAGUAUGACCCCUUUGCGGAUAGUCUUUUUUCUCGCUUUCGAAGGAAGGAUGUCGUUCUUCCUUAUGAGUACAUUGAUAUUGAGAUUCGUCACUGCCGGGACUUGGACGCCAUCCUGGCGUAA